AUGACAAACGGAGACUCGGAAAAAAUCAACACCAGCAUCGUCACCUUGACCCGGUUCCUCAAUGAAGAGCAGGUCAAGCACCCCGAGGCCAGUGGUGACUUUACCCUCCUCUGCCACGCCCUCCAAUUCUCCUUCAAGUCCAUCGCCUACUACAUCCGCCGCGCCACCCUCGUCAACCUGACCGGCCUCGCCGGAUCCUCCAACACGACCGGCGACGAGCAAAAGAAGCUCGAUGUCAUCUCCAACGACCUCUUCAUUGAGGCCAUGCGCUCCUCCAACAAGUGCGCGCUGCUCGUCUCCGAGGAGGAGGAGGACAUCAUCUACUUUGGCAACGCCACCGGCGCGCGCUACGCCGUCGCCUGCGACCCCAUUGACGGCUCCUCCAACCUCGACGCCGGUGUCUCCGUCGGCACCAUCUUUGCCGUCCACAAGCUGCCCGAGGGCUCCGCCGGCUCCAAGGCCGACAUCCUCAAGCCCGGCACCGAGCUCGUCGCCGCCGGCUUCACCAUGUACGGCGCCUCCUCUCAGCUCGUCCUCACCAUGAAGGGCUCCACCGUCAAUGGCUUCACCCUCGACAACGGCAUCGGCGAGUUCAUCCUCACCCACCCCUCUAUGCAGAUGCCCAGGAGCCGCGCCAUCUACUCGGUCAACGAGGGCAACUCGCUCUACUGGCAGCAGCCCACCAUUGACUACUUCAACUCCCUCAAAGAGGCUCAGUCCAACGGCAAGCCCUACUCGUCGCGCUACAUUGGCUCCAUGGUCGCCGACGCCUACCGCACCCUGCUCUACGGAGGCGUCUUUGCCUACCCGGCUGACAAGAAGAGCCCCAAGGGCAAGCUCCGUAUUCUCUACGAGUGCGCCCCCAUGGCGAUGGUAUUUGAAAAUGCUGGUGGCCAGGCUGUCGACAGCCAGAUGCGCCGCAUGCUCGAGGUAGUGCCCGAACACAUCCACGACCGCGCCGGCAUCUUUAUGGGCAGCUACGACGAGGUCGAAAAGGUCAAAUCCUUCCACAAAUAA